UCAAAAGCAAGAAAAAAGAAGCUUGUAACCCUAGCAAACAGAGAGAGGCGCACAGCAAUUGCAGAGAGAGAGAGAGAGAGCUGAUUGCAGGUAGGUUGUUGGUGCAUUUCUUCCCCUUCCCGGCCCCCAACGGAAGAACCCCAACGGAAGAAUGUCGACUGCCGCUCCUGCUUUUAGCGGGAACUUGAAGAAAGCGCUUGCUGGCCUUCGACGAAUCAAUUUGGAGGGUCUAAGAUGGCGUGUAUUUGAUGCAAAAGGCCAGAUCCUGGGAAGAUUGGCAUCUCAAAUAUCUACUGUAAUUCAAGGCAAGGAUAAACCAACAUACACCCCAUACCGUGAAGAUGGUGAUAUGUGCAUUGUGCUCAAUGCGAAAGAUGUCUGUGUCACAGGGAGAAAGCUAACUAAUAAGUUUUAUCGUUGGCAUACUGGGUAUAUUGGCCACCUUAAGGAGAGGAGUUUAAAGGAUCAGUUAGCAAAAGAUCCAACAGAAGUCAUCCGCAAAGCUGUUCUACGCAUGCUUCCGCGAAACAAACUGCGUGAUGACCGAGACCGAAAGCUGAGGAUAUUUACAGGCAGUGAGCAUCCUUUCAGUGACCGAUCAGUGGAACCGUAUGUGAUGCCUCCACGCAACGUACGGGAGAUGCGACCCCGAGCAAGACGUGCACUCAUUCGAGCUCAGAAGAAGGCAGAACAGGGUGCUAAUAACACAAACAGGAAAAAGAGGGGCAAAGAGACAAGCGAAAUGAGCGCAUGAGAAAACAAUUCAUUGCAUUUUUGGAAAAAUGGAGAAUUUGAGCACAUGCAGAAUAAAGAAAGGCGACGAUACUUCUGUUGAACCUAUUUUCAUGUGGCUGAUGAAAUUAGCGUUGAAGUUCACCCCAGUGAUUGUGUGGAAUAGGGUUGGCCAUAGAGGUACAUGGGUGGUCAUGAUGUAGACGUGUUGUUAUCAUGUUAGCAAUCUCAGCAGGAUAGCGUUAUUUGUUUUGAAUCAUAUGGGAGCUCAUCAUGGAGCUGAUAUGACUACUACUAAAGGGCAUAUGUAAGAAAUGACAAAAUACUAAUCAUUAUUCA